GGAAGCGGGAGGGUAGAGUGAAACAGGAAGAGAAGGGAAGAAGGAAGAAGAGGAAGAAGAGAGGGAGGAGGAGGGAGGUGGCGGCGCCGUGGCGGAGGAGCAGGAGCAGGAGGGGGAUGGAGAGGAGAAGGCUCCUGGGUGGCAUGGCGCUCCUGCUCCUCCAGGCGCUGCCCAGCCCCCUGUCAGUCAUGGCUGAACCCCCGCAGGAUAAAGAAGCCUGUGUGGGUACCAACAAUCAAAGCUACAUCUGUGAUACAGGACACUGCUGUGGACAGUCUCAGUGCUGCAACUACUACUAUGAACUCUGGUGGUUCUGGCUGGUGUGGACCAUCAUCAUCAUCUUGAGCUGUUGCUGUGUCUGCCACCACCGCAGAGCCAAGCACCGCCUUCAGGCGCAACAGCGACAACAUGAAAUCAACUUGAUUGCCUACCGGGAAGCCCACAAUUACUCAGCGCUGCCAUUUUAUUUCAGGUUUUUGCCAAACUAUUUACUACCUCCUUAUGAGGAAGUGGUGAACCGACCUCCAACUCCUCCCCCACCAUACAGUGCCUUCCAGCUACAGCAACAGCAACAGCAACUGCCUCCUCAGUGUGGCCCUGCAGGUGUCAGCCCUCCAGGAGCCGAUCCCACCCAGACCUCCCAGGGUGCACAGAGCAGCCCCUUAUCUGGGUCCAGCAGAAGCAUCACAAGACCCCCGAGCAUCACUGAUCCUCAGCCCUCUGAUGUGCCAGCUGACCGAGCAGCCACCAAAGCCCCUGGAAUGGAGCCCAGUGGCUCAGUGGCCGGCCUGGGGGAGCUGAACCCAGGGGCUUUCCUGGACAAAGAUUCAGAAUGUAAGGAGGAGCUGCUGAAAGAUUCCAGCUCUGAGCAUGAUAGCGUAUUCCCUGACAGCAAAGACAAAACACCUGGCAGACAUCGUCGCUUCACAGGUGACUCAGGCAUUGAAGUGUGUGUGUGCAAUCGGGGCCACCAUGAUGAUGACCUUAAAGAGUUCAACACACUCAUCGAUGAUGCUCUGGAUGGGUCCCUGGACUUCUGUGACAGCUGCCACGUGCGGCCUCCUGUUGAUGAGGAGGAAGGACUCUGCCAGCCCUCUGAGGAGCAGGCUCGAGAGCUUGGGCACCCCCAUCUGCCACGGCUGCCUGCCUGCCUGCUGCUGAACACCAUCAAUGAACAGGACUCACCAAACUCCCAGAGCAGCAGCUCCCCGAGCUAGGGCAGGCCUGCCUGUGCCCAGGAACUUGGCAACAACCAGGGGAGGGAAGACUCAUAGAGAAGCAUUAAGUGACUUUCAGAAGUGGUGCAGCCACUUUGUUCUCUUUAUGUUUGUUUUUUUUCUUCUCCUCUCCCAUAUUUUCUACAUCUCCAGGUACAGUUUGGGGUGUGGAUGCCUUUUCCCCACAAAAGUGCAGUGUUGUGGAGGACUUAGAAAUUGGUUCUGUGACUCAUUCCUCAUUCCCCAUUCUCAUCCCUUUCUUCCCCCAUUUCAAGUCAUAUCUCACCUUCCUGCUUGGGUCAGAGAGAUGUGUGUUUUGAAAGCCCCUCAAGGAGGGGAACUGGGAUUGUACCCUGGGAUGAUUCCUGGUGAUGGAGUGGAUUUAUACUCUACUUUUAGUUUAAGAGAAUUUUGCUGUGUCUAAGUCCAGGAAGUAGCUUGUCCUUGUUCUGGGUGAAGAAGGAAAUCUUCAGGGUCCUGGGCAUUGUCACUGUGGCUGCCAGUGUUUGUAGAGCUGGCUUUGGGCUAAUUGUGUGAGACAGGUUAAUAACCCUUAUUAACCUUGAUGCUUUCUCAAAUCCCAGGUGACUAGAGCAGUGCACCUCUGUGCAUCCUCCAGUGGCCCCGUCCCAGCAGCUCUGGCUGACUAAUAGGCUGGUUCAGGUGUAGAAGAUUAUGCUGCCUACUUUUGUUUUUCUCUUAAAAACAAAUAACAUUAGCCAGCUGGAGGAAAGAAGAAUGCUACCAGUGAGCAGGCAGGAAUUCUCUUCUAGACAAGGGAAUUUUGUGGCUCUUUCCCAAGUUGGCCAGAAGAGAAUGUGCAGGCCUGGGUGUUGGUGGAUCUGGGCCUUCUGUGAGCAGGAUGCCCUAGACCUGGUGGAGGAUAGAGGUAUAGCUUCCUGCAUAUCUGCCCUUUGACCUGUGCCCACAGGUGACCAGUGUCCUCGUCCAUCCUCAGCAUGGCCUUUGGGUCUUUGUGUCUUUUUGUUCUCUGGAAACAGAUAGACUAAGGAAACUGGGGGUCUUUGGAAAGGCAGUCCCACAGCCUGGCUCUCUCACAGUAUUUUCUCUUCAAUUUUGAGUAAGUCUUUUGUUGUUUGUUUGUUUUAAACUGACCACUUGGAAGAAAUACCUUGUUUAUCUGUGGUUCUCAUGUCCUAUCCCUGCUGCUACUGGAGUGGUAUGACUCGCUUUCCUAUAGCCUGUGUAGAGUCUUGGGGGCCCAGGCAGGAGGUAAGGGUCACCUCCAACAGACCCACAGGAUCCUUGUCACUGUUUGGCCUCCAAGAACCAGUAGAGCUUUGAUAGGAAAACUUUGAAAGGACAACACAAGCCGCUGAAACUUAACAUUCCCUGCCCUGCCUGUUCAUAUGAAGAGUUUGGUUCUUUCCCAGCUCUUGAACAAUGAUAUUCAGACUAGGUAUUGAUAUUAUAGUAAGAAAGGAAAAGAGAGAGAGAGGGGAAUAUAUAUGUAUGUAUGUAUGUGUAUGUAUAUAUACAUACACACAUACAUACACACACACAAAAACAGACAAAUCCAAGGCUGUGAGGUGAAUGACUGUCUACAUUUGGAUGCCACAAAACCAAAAAUCUAUGUUGAACAAAGUGGAGUCUACAUGAUGUCUUUGGAUGACAUGUGCGUGUGUGUGUGUGUGUGUGUGUGUGUGUUAUGUGUAUGUAUGUGUGUGUCCCAAGCCCUGUGUUCCUGUGAAAUACUUUGAAUGGCAGCCAUUCUGCUCACGCUAGCCACAUGUCCGGAGCACAAAUGGCCCUCUCAAGGUAAUUUAUUUUACACACUUACUGUUUACCAAACAAGUGUCUGACUGUGUACUUGGGUAUGUUCAGCAGCAUUGUCGACAGCAGCGCCUAUCGUUUGCCAGAGACACUGUGUUCCAGGGAGAGGUUUCACUCUACUCAUCACUGCGAUUUGCACAUUGCUCUGUGGACACUCAGAGACCUGUGUUCUUCCUUGUACAUGGAAACAUGCUCCGAACCAUCUGCCUCCCCCUGCUGCUCCUUGCCCUCUAUAUCAGCCCCCAGGGGUGCGUCCACAACCACUGGGGACAGAGGUGAAGGUGGAAUUUCAGGCAGAAUCUUGACUGAAGCUUCAAUGACAAACUUGGACUGGCUGUGGUCCAGACAUUGCCCUGCCUGGGAUUGCCAGGAGGCGUUGGCAGACUCUGUGCCAUAGUGCUCACUUUCCUCUGCUGAGGUCUGGUGGGCUCCAGUAGGCUGGUUUGUGGCCAGAGGGGCCUGAGUGCAGCAGCAGCCCUCACUUUUCUUGCCACCUUCUUUUUUUAAUCCCAAACAAGGCACUGAAGUGUCUCAAAAGAGAACAAGUUUUACCAAAAUAAAUCCUUCUUCAGUUAACUGAUCAAAUGGAUGAGUUUUGACCCUUUCAAGUUUCUUUCCCCAGUUAGAGGUGGGGCUGGCCUGAGUGUUGAACUGUUGGCUUCACUGCAGCAUCCUACCCUGAAGGUCUGAAGAGAAGAAAAUGCAACAGUGGAGCUGGGCUUGAUAGCCAAGUCAGUCUGGUCGCUGCUGCUCAGAGAGAGCUGGAAAUGGGGAAUUGAAGGAAGAAUGAGGGAGACUUGAUGGGGUCCAGUGUACCAGGUGGAUGAGAAGGAAGGGGUUGGUGAGGGGUUGGUGCUAUGAUUGGAAGAUUUGCAGAUGCUAGCACAUUCCUGUGGGAAGCACAUCGCCAUUUGUCAGUUAUUGUGAAUACGUGUAUUUUAAGCAAUAAGAUUCAGCUGGUCAGACUUUUCUGGGCAGUCGUGGUGACGAAUUUCCUGUGCCGUGAUUGUUCUGAAGACAGAGUGGCUCUAACCACUGUGAGAAGCCCAAAUAAAAAUCCCAAAAAUUCUACUGCACUUUUUUCUUGCCACACUUUGUUCCUUUUUCUUCUUUCUCAGAUGAGAUCCCAAACCAUAAGCACUUUUCCUUUCUCCACGAAGAGACUGAGCCGUGUAACAUAGCAGUUGAGGACAGGAUGCUAUGCCAAAAGCAAGCCACAGACCAAGGGCAGGCUGGGCGCUGCUGCUGAGUCUGCACUCUGCCCUGAGGAAUUUCCCUCCAAAACCAACCAAAAAGCAGGAAUGUUUUGUCAGAUACCCCACAGCUGAAACAGGACGCUCUUAUCUAUAGGACCCAAAUGCAGGUGGAUGCUUGACCAUGGAAUUUAAUAAAAUGUGUGUCGAGUUGCUCACUUUGUGCACAGCACAGUGCUGGAUGCUAAGGAAAUGUGGAAUGCAUAUGUAAGACAAGGCCCUUGUUCUCCAGAUCUUAAAUUAUAGUUUGAAAGACAAAACAUACCUGUGUGGAAUAGCAAACUACCACAGAGAUAGUUAGAGGUGGAAUGAGUGGUACAGAUUCAGAUAUUCUCCAUCAGUAGUGGGAGCUAGCUGGGGGGGUCUAAAAUGCCAAGCAGGGAGUCUCAGAACUGAUUUUUGAGGUAGUAGGGGAGCCCCUAGUUUGCCUGCCUCUGUCAUUGUUAACCAGAGAUUCUUUCCCAAAACAGACUUCCUUUGUUCAUUUUAUCCUCUUAUGAAGACCCUCUUAGAACUUUGAGGCAGGUAUAAAUUCCUGAAUAAAGACCAUGAGAAGUAGCCAGCUGCCUCUGCCAGGGAAGGAUAGCCCUGUCCAUCACUAUUUUUCUUUGGACUACCUGUGGGUGGGGAAAUUUACACAGCCUAGUAGCCCUCCCAGAAGGAUUCCUACCCCCAAGCAGAGUGCUCACUAAUGGGCCUAGUCUCAUUGAGUGCUGGCAGCGAGUAUUGUCCUUAAACUUGGGACUUGCCCAGUAAUCAGUCCCAUUGUUUUUUGAAAGUUCAGGGUUUACCAGACAUGAUGCCUACCCCUGCCUUUGACCCUGGGCCAGAGGACACUGUCCUGGAUCCUCAGUGACCCUAUUGGAAUAGUUGCUGUCAAGGUCCUUCUCAACUAUUGGGCUCCUCCAGGCAACCCUAGUGGAGCCAUGUUAGCAACUAGCAACACUUGUACUCUAAAACCAUCUGAAAGAACUGAAGUGCGCACCAUCCCUGCCUUUUUAAAGCUAAUGUCUAAGUGGUACAAAAGCAAAAUGGUGCAGCUUUUAUGGGCAGGUUGCAGAGGCUGUCCCUGUACCCUUGAUGGCUAGGCUCCUGGGUCACUGAGUACAUUUUUCUAUUGAGGUAUGAUGAUUAUCUCUGUUGGCCCAUGACCAAGUUCAGGUGGAGACUGUAGCAAUCAAUGCCUGGAAGCAUAAGACAGUAGUUUUGAUAAUAAUUUCAAGAAACUCUCCAUUCUCCAGUUUUCCUGUUUUCAGUGGGGUGGCUGGUAUGUGUGUGUAUGUGUACAAAAACCAGGGUUUGACUCUGGAGGAGGGGGUAGUGGACUUGGUUGAUUGUUGAGUAGCUUUUUGCUGAAGGACUGGCAGAGGAGAAUGUGUUUGGGUUUCAGCUUCCAGCCUGAGAGCAAGUGCUGAGCCUUUAUUGAGCAUCUACUAUGUGCUAGGCAUUGGGAAUGCAGAGAUGCCUCAAACCAGGCUCCUCUGUAGAAAAGCUAAUAGUAGUCUGGAGAGGAAGCAAGGCAAUCAGCAAUGUUAAUACCAUGUGACAGUGCCACAAAGCUUGUGUGUCUAGGAUGCCGAGGAUGAGAAUUUAGCCCAACUAUGGGUUCAAGCAGGCUUUCUGGAGGAAGUAACUAUGCUUGCCAGGUUAAGAAAGGCAAAAGGAAUGCUAGGCAAGUGUUUGUUUUUCAGAUUAUUGAGUGCCUCUUACUUUGUGCCAGGUGCUGAAAAUCAGGGGAGUCCUACACAGGAGACUGCAUGUCCUAUGGAAAGUAACAGGCAGCUUAAAUUCUAGGUGACUGAAUUCUGGGAAGUGGCAAGAGAUGAAGCUGGAGAGGUAAGCAGGUAAUAAAAAUAUUUUAAUUUGUCUACUGUUCACACAACACUGGGUCCUGUUUAAACAUCUUGGUGGCUACAUUUUCUCAAGACAGCACUCUUAGGUAUAGAUGGUAAUCAUUCCUUUUUAUCAAUGGCAAUGAUAAAGAAGCAUUCAGAGGAAAGAACUCACUUGUCCAAGAUCACACAGCCAAGAUCGCAGAGCCAGGUAAUUUGAAGCCAAACCUGUUGUCCCAAAGACCAUACAAUUAACUAGUCAAUCAGACUGAGGAGCUGUAAUAUUGAUGCCAUGUGAAGAACUUGUGACUUCUCAAAGAUGAGGGGGACUAGAGAAAGACACAUUGAGCAGGGAAUAGCAUAGUGAAAGACAAAGCCAGUGUCAUUUCCUCAGGAGCCAGUCUGUCCCCUCUUUCACCUUUCCCCAUUGCCUAUGUCAUAAGCCUCCCCUGACUUGGCCAAAUUUCACUUUAGAUCUGGAAUGGCCUCGCCCCAGAUAAUGCCUAUCACAAGUCUUCAGAUCAAAGUUAAGUUCACAGGGAGGGCGUAUGUAACCCUUGGAAACACUGCAGAAUCCUUCGAAGUUAAAGCUGGCUCUUCGGAUCUUUUCCUUGAAGAGUAUUUUGCUCUUCCUCAGAGGAGAUAAAAAUAAAAUUUCCAGUGUUUAUGUGGGGAAGAUUUUUGUUUGAUCUGAAAUUUCUCUGUACUCACCCUAGUUUAAUAUUCCUCUCAUGUUUUCUCACGAAGACCCAAUCCCUCUGGAAAACACCCUCUGUGUGGGAGCCAUGAUGAGAGUUGGUCCUUGGGCUCUCCACCCACUUCCCAGCUGUCAAUAGGGCGGGCAGUAGAGCAGGACCUGCAAGUGGGUUCCAGAAGGUCCUGCCCUGCACAUGGACCUGUCUGCAUGGACCUGCUCCCACUCCUGACCAGGCUGGUGGCUUUUGGGGAGGUGUGUGUAAAACUCUCAGAGAAGGACUCGUUUUGUGGAUUUGGGUGAUAAACUGAUGAUAAAGCCAAUGCUUAUUGAGGCACCAAGUGUUACGCAGGUUCUUAUUCGAUCUUCAGAACAACCCUCUGAGAUUCGUACUACUUCUGCACACACUUUGGCAACUCCAUAUUACAGAUGGGAAAAUCGAGGUUUAAGAAAGGCAAGUAAGUUGCCCAAGAUCACUCAGUCUGUAAAUGACAACACUAGCAGAAUCUUCUCCACAGCCUGACCUUACCACAUACAAGGGACUCUCCUGCUCACUCAGUCCUUUGUGUUUUAUCCUCACCAGAGCCUCAGACAAUGAGCAGCUUUGUUGGUAAGUGACCCCACUUUACAAACAAGGAAUAGGUUCAGAAAAUUAGCAGUUGGCCUAAGGUCCAGGGCUGAGGCUGGGGAGUCAGGGACUAGCAUUUAGGUUUUUCAGGUCUUCCUUGUCCAGUUUCCCCCCAUUCUGCUGCCUCUUGCUGGGUCUCUGUCCUUUAAAUGUGGAUGCAUGUCUGUGUGACUGCAGAGAGCUCCUGAAGGUCUUGUAGCCAUCAGGGGCCUACUGGAACAUUCACACACUUUCACCCAUCCACACUUUACACCACCUUUAUUGAGAACCUCCUCAAUACAGGGGACACUGGGGAGCUACUUUUUUGAAGGACAGGGAAUGGUCCAUUUCUCCUGGAAGGGUUGGCUCGUUGAAAUUCUGAUUACUGAAUGUUCAGGAAUUUUAUGAGCUUCUUUUUUUUUU